AUGAAGGGAUCCAGCAGUAGCAGUGAGCUAAAAGCUCCAGUCUUUGAUGGGGAGAAUUAUGAUUUUUGGAGAAUAAGAAUGACAACCAUUUUCAAAUCCUAUGAUCUAUGUGAUAUGGUUCAACACGGGUAUGAACUACCUGAGAUGGAGAUCGAUGCUCUAGAGCACUUGGCCUCAAAUCCUAUGCUCAAAACACUGAAGCAGAAUCUAAUGGAGGAUGUUAGAGCACUUGGAAUUAUUCAAGGUGCUGUCUCAGACACCAUUUUCCCGAGGAUAGCAAAUGAAGAGACUUCAAAGGGAGCUUGGGAAGUUUUACAGCAAGAGUACAGAGGAGACACUAAAGUUAGAAAGGUAAAACUUCAGUCCCUUAGAAGAGAUUUCGAGUAUACAAAAAUGAAGGAAAAUGAGCUGUUAAAAGACUAUUUCACUAGGUUGUUUGAUGUUGUAAACAAGAUGAAAACAUAUGGUGAGGAACUGCCUAAUGAAAGAAUUGUUCAAAAACUGUUGAUUAGUUUGACUAAACCCUAUGAUUCAAUAGUGAGUGUUAUAGAAGAAACCAAAGACACUAAAACUCUCAGUGUGCAAGAUGUGAUGGCAUCCUUAAGAGCUUUUGAUCAAAGACUCGAGAGGCAUGCUGAUUUUACACCUGAGAAAGCCUUUCAAUCGCUCAAUGUUGGAUCUGGUAAUCAAGCUAGUGCAAGCAAUCAGAAACCACAGUGGAAGAGCAAGAAUAAGAAAUGGGAAGGAAAAGGGUUUCCCAACUCUAGACCUAACCAAGGCAGCAACAUUAAUGCAAGUCCAAGAACCAAACAACAAUGCAAACAUUGUGACAAAUUUCAUCUUGGAGAGUGUUGGUUCAAAGACAAGCCUAGGUGCCACAAAUGUAACAGGUUUGGGCAUAUUAUGAAGGACUGCAGAUCAAAGAAUGUGCAGCAAGUGAACUGUGCAAACCAAGUGCAGGAAGAAGCAAAUGUGUUCUGUGCCUUCAGUGCAAAAGUGGAGAAAAACAAUGAAGUGUGGUAG